UUACAAGUUGUGGCAUCUCUGGAAAAUUUUUGCCCGCAAAAAUCGAGAUUGUUGAUAAAUGCGCUGUGGAGAGAAACAAGAAUUGUUGAUUCGACAGAUAUUCAUGUGUACACCAAAAUAUGGAGGAUGAUGAUGAUCAUGUGCUGCGUACUCCAGAGAAACAAGAUGUGGGGCCAGGUCUUGCAUUCAUGCCAUUUAUUGUCAUGGAAGAUCUUCAUGACAAACUAAAGCUACUCAAUUAUGAUACUGAAUUUAUCCAGACACUAAAGAUGAAGCCUCUGAGCAGGCACUACUUUGCAAUUAAGACCAACCCUGGUGAACAGUUUUAUCUCUUCACUUCUCUGGCAGCGUGGCUUAUACGCAAAAUGGGUAAAAUAUUUGAACAGCCACAGGAAUAUGAUGAUCCAAACUCUACAAUAUCUGGCAUUCUGGAUGUACUUCGAGAGACUGGAACACCUGUUACUUUUCCGCCAAACAAGCUGAAGCAGGGUUAUGGUGAAUAUGCCAUAUUUGUUCUGGACCAUCUGGUUGAUGCAGCACUGAAGUAUGCGAGCUUUAGUUGGAAAAAACCACAGCCAGCAGUUGAGGUAGAGGCUGAGGAGGAGAUAGAGCAGCUGCAGGAAAACUUCGAAGAAGAAGAACUGACAGCCGAGUAUACAGAUGAGGAAGACGAUGACGAAGAAAAUAUGCUGCAUGUUGAUGACCUCCAUAAACUGAGCUUCAGCAAUGUAGUGGCUACAUCUGAACCACAGAAACCUGAAGAGGUACUGGUCUCUGACAUGGAUGUUGAAAAAUGGAAACUGGAAGUGGAAAGAGUCCUUCCCCAAUUGAAAGUCACAAUCAAACCAGAUGCAAGUGACUGGCGGUCCCGAUUGGAACAGAUGCGAAAACAUCGUACAGGAAUGGAGGAUGCUCUCACAAGUGCGCAGACACAGCUGAGUCGCCUGCAUACUGAUGUGGAACACACACUGGACAAAGUGGCAAGCCGUGAGCGCUAUUUGAAUGCUCAGCUUGAGCCUUUGCUUGUUCAGUAUCGUGCUCUUAAGGAUGAGCAUUCUCGUUUGAGCACAUCCUAUCGUGAAAUGAGUGCCAGGGUUGCAGAGCGUACUAAAAUAUUAUCUCAGCUUUCGGAAGAACUCGAUGCUGUGAAACGGGAAAUGGAAGAACGAAGUUCCAGCAUGACAGAUGGCACGCCAUUGGUGAACAUAAAAAAGGCCAUUACCAAGGUUAAGAGUGAAAUAACAUCAAUGGAUGUGCGAAUUGGAGUAUUGGAGAAUAGCUUGCUACAAGCCAGACUGCGGGACAAGAGCCAGCUGCAACAAGACAUGAAUACACCUGCCUAGUACACUGUGGUAAAGUCUGUACCAGCAGAUUAAGUGGUGCAUUUUCAAACUGUACAAGUAAAAAGUUUUCCAAGAUAUUCAAAAUUCUUGAUACAACGUGAGUGGUCACUUCUUGUGAUAUGGGAAUCUGAAAUCUAUUUACUUGGAAUUAUUGAAAUAUUUUACUGCUGUAUAUAAGAGUUAAAUAAUUUUUAGCAGAAUUGAAGUUGUU